AGAAACCUGCAGGUCCCUUGCUGUGGUCCCGCCCAGAUCCGCCCCUCCUACUGUCCUGUCCUGGCACACUGAACCCGGGGGCAUUGCCAGUGUGUAUGUGUGUGUGUGGUGCAGGCUGGACUCAUGGCUUCGCCGCUGAGAUUCGACGGUCGUGUGGUCCUGGUCACCGGAGCCGGGGGAGGAUUGGGCCGAGCCUAUGCCCUGGCUUUUGCAGAAAGAGGAGCGUUAGUUGUUGUGAAUGACUUAGGAGGAGAUUACAAGGGAAUUGGUAAAGGCUCCUCAGCUGCUGAUAAGGUUGUUGAAGAAAUACGAAGGAAAGGUGGAAAGGCAGUGGCCAAUUAUGAUUCAGUGGAAGCAGGAGAGAAGCUUGUGAAGACAGCGCUGGAUACCUUUGGCAGAAUAGAUGUUGUGGUCAACAAUGCUGGAAUUCUGAGGGACCGUUCCUUUGCUAGGAUAAGUGAUGAAGACUGGGAUAUAAUCCAGAGAGUUCAUUUGCGGGGCUCCUUCCAAGUGACUCGGGCAGCGUGGGAUCAUAUGAAGAAACAGAAAUAUGGAAGGAUUAUUAUGACUUCAUCAGCUUCAGGAAUAUAUGGCAACUUUGGCCAGGCAAAUUAUAGUGCUGCGAAGCUGGGUCUUCUGGGUCUGGCUAAUACUCUGGCAGUGGAAGGCAAGAAGAGCAACAUUCAUUGUAACACCAUUGCCCCUGUUGCCAGGUCUCGGAUGACUCAGACCCUGUUGCCGGAAGAUGUUGCUGAAGCCCUGAAGCCGGAUUAUGUAGCACCGCUGGUCCUCUGGCUUUGCCAUGACACUUGUGAGGAGAGUGGUAGCUUAUUUGAGGUUGGAGCAGGAUGGAUUGGAAAAUUACGCUGGGAGCGGACCCUUGGAGCCAUUGUAAGAGAGCAGAAUCAGCCAAUGACACCCGAGGCAGUGAAGGCUAACUGGAAGAAGAUCUGUGACUUCAGCAAUGCCAGCAAGCCUCAGACUACCCACGACUCAAUGAGUAGUGUUAUUGAAGUUUUACGUAAAGUAGAUUCAGAAGGAAUUUCGCCAAAUCAUACCAGUCACCCAGUGUCUGCAGCCACGUCGGGAUUUGCUGGAGCUAUUGGCUAUAAAUUUCCUUCAUUUUCUUCUUCUUAUACGGAACUGCAAAGUAUUAUGUAUGCCCUUGGAGUAGGAGCCUCAGUCAAAAAUCCAAAGGAUUUGAAAUUUGUUUAUGAAGGAAGUGCUGACUUCUCUUGUCUACCCACCUUUGGAGUUAUUGUCGCUCAGAAAUCUAUUAUGGAUGGAGGAUUAGCAGAGAUUCCUGGGCUUUCAAUCAACUUGGCAAAGGUUCUUCAUGGGGAGCAAUACCUAGAGUUAUAUAAACCACUUCCUCGAUCAGGAGAACUAAAAUGUGAAGCAGUUGUUGCUGACAUCCUGGAUAAGGGAUCAGGCAUAGUGAUUAUUAUGGAUGUCUAUUCUUACUCUGGGAAGGAACUUAUAUGCUAUAAUCAGUUCUCAGUCUUUGUUGUUGGCUCUGGGGGCUUUGGUGGAAAACGGACAUCAGAGAAAGUCAAGGAAGCCAUAGCCGUACCUCGACGACCUCCUGACAUUAUACUGAGAGACACCACCUCCCUUAAUCAGGCUGCUUUGUACCGUCUCAGUGGAGACUGGAAUCCUUUACACAUUGACCCUAACUUUGCUAGCAUUGCUGGUUUUGAUAAGCCUAUAUUACAUGGAUUGUGUACCUUUGGAUUUUCUGCAAGACAUGUUUUACAGCAGUUUGCAGAUAAUGAUGUAUCAAGAUUCAAGGCAAUUAAGGUUCGUUUUGCCAAACCAGUAUAUCCAGGACAAACACUAGAAACUGAGAUGUGGAAGGAAGGAAACAGAAUUCAUUUUCAAACCAAGGUCCAAGAAACUGGAAACAUUGUCAUUUCCAAUGCAUAUGUGGAUCUUGUGCCCACAGCUGCUGUUUCAGCCAAGACACCCUCUGAGGGUGGGGAACUUCAGAGUACUCUUGUGUUUGGGGAAAUAGGUCGCCGCCUUAAGGAUGUCGGGAGUGAGGUGGCAAAAAAAGUAAAUGCUGUGUUUGAGUGGCAUAUCACAAAAGCUGGAAAUAUUGCAGCCAAGUGGACCAUUGACUUGAAGAAUGGUCCUGGAGAAGUGUAUCAAGGUCCUGCAAGAGGGUCUGCUGAUACAACCAUCAUCAUCUCAGAUGGAGAUUUCAUGGAGGUAGUCCUGGGCAAGCUGGACCCUCAGAAGGCAUUUUUCAGUGGCAGACUGAAGGCCAGAGGGAACAUCAUGCUGAGCCAGAAGCUUCAGAUGAUUCUUAAAGACUAUGCCAAGCUCUAAAUGGCUCAUAUGCUCUUAAUAAAAACAAAAUAAUUACUCUCUUCACCCAAGUAUGCUCCAUUCUUCUACAAAAGUUAUCAACAGUAAUGUAACAGACAGGAGAAAUUGCUUAACAUUUUCAGAUUUCAGAUAACUUUUCAGAUUUUCAUUUUCUACUAAUUUUUCCACAUAUUUUUACAAGGAAUUGUAAGCUAGCACAUACUGUUCUGCUCCUAGAUCCGUAUCUUAAUAAAAAAUUUCAACGAAGUCUAGUUUCUUUAGAAUUUGUGAUAGCAUUUCUAUGUUGAAAUGAAAAUUAAGUGAAUAAAAGCCACUUUAAUACCUGCUA